UCAUGUCUCUGCCAAUCGGUUCGAAUCGAGAUCACUGGAGAAGACAAAGGUGCUGUGCUGUGUCACUGCAAUAACUGCAAGCAAACAGGCGGUAGUGCUUUCAUGCACAACCAUCGCUUCAUGAAAACGCAACUCAACGUUGUCAAGGGAAAGGAACUGCUAAGAGAAUAUGCGGACAACAACACCAAGAGUGGAAACACUGUAUCCCGCCGCUUUUGCAGCAAAUGCGGUUCGCCGCUGUAUUUGACCAACUCAGCGUUCAAGGGGUUCGCUGCGGUGAUGGCUUCAUCGAUGGAAGGGUACAAGCAGCAACCGUUCAUGGAGCUCUUCGGCGAGGACAAGUACCCCUGGAUAGGUGAAGUG